CUUUUAAUCAUUGUUGUCCAGUAGUUAAUAAAUAAAUAAUUUCCUUUUAAAGUUGUCGGUUUCUCUCUCAUAUUUUCACUAAUUUAGGACAAAAUGGCGGAUGUGAUAUUUGGAGGAAUUGAAGGGGGUGGCUCCAGUACUUCAAUUGUGUUAGUGGAUGCAUCGGGGCAUGUGUUGGUGGAGAUGAAAGAGGAUGUGUCGACCAAUCACUUUAACAUUGGUCUGGAGGAGUGUGCAAGACGUUUGAUCAACUUGACUAACAAGGCCAAGAAUGAAAUCAACUUCAGUACCGACACUCCAAUCAAAUCUUUGGGCCUGACUUUGAGCGGGGGCGACAAUAAGGAGGCCUGUGAUAGGCUGACGAGAUUGAUAAAAGAUUACAGCCCCAACUUGAGUGAACGAUAUUUCAUCGCCUGUGACACGGUUGGCACUAUAGCUGCAGCUUCAAAAUCAGGAGGCAUAGUGUUGAUAGCGGGAACUGGAAGUAGUGGCCUGCUUAUGAAUCCGGACGGGCAGACCUUCCGGUGUGGGGGGUGGGGGCACAUGCUGGGGGACGAAGGAUCCGCAUACUGGGUGACUCAGUACUGUUUGAGGAUACUCUUCAACACCAUGGACGGAUUGGUAAUCUCGCCGUACGACACCACCAUCAUGUACCACAUCAUGUGCCAGCAUUUCAAUGUAAAAACUCAGUUCGACAUGUUGGAGCACAUGUACACUAAUUUCAAGAAAGAGAGAAUUGCUUCGGCCUGUGAAAAAAUCGCGCAAGGAGCCCACCAUGGUGAUCAAUUGUGCCAGCAUGCAUUCACAGAGGCUGGCAAGUUACUGGCCUAUCACGUCUGUGCCUUACUCCAUCAUGCUGAUGAGAGUUUAUUUGAAGGCGGUCUAAAAGUCAUCUGCACUGGCUCUGUUUGGAAGUCGUGGGAUCUUCUUAAAAGUGGUUUCAUAGCCGGCCUCACCUCCAGACUGACACAGUCUAGGGAAACAUUUAAAUUCUUCCACAACAACAGCAACAACAACAACAACAACAGCAACAAUAAUACCACUACUAAUAACAAUAAUGGCAAGCCGAUGAGAUUAAUCCUCAUGCACAUCACUGGUAAUUCGACAAUGGGCGCGGCCUACCUGGCUUCCGAAGCUGUCAAUCAACCAAUCCCCUUCGACCGGGAGAAAAACACAGAAGUCUUCUUCUCCAUGGAGUUGUGAUGAUGAUGAUGGUGGCGGUGCUGGUGAUGAUGAUGAUGAAAACAUGACGUCAUCAUCGUCGUCAUCGUGAAGAAGUUAAUAACAAUACAUGAAUUGGGGUCAUUCAUUUAAUAAAUCGAUCCAUCCAUUCAUUCCUUUAUUCUUCCAUUCAUCCACCCAUUCAUCCAUUCAUUCAUCCAUCCAUUCAUCCAUUCAUUCAUCCAUUCACGAUCAUACAAUUUAUUAUAUGUAUAUUUUACGUGUUUAUUUAUUUGUUUAAGCAUUUUCUUUUUUUUAUUUUUGUUUUCCUUGAUAUUUUUUGUUCUAAAAAAUAUUUCCCAUAGCAUAGAUAUUUAUUUCGCGAGUAUUUAUAACGCAUUAUCGCUCACUGAAUUUCUAUCAUACAAAUGUCUAUUUUGUCUCUUUGGAAACAUUCGUUUGUUUAUUUAUUUAUUUCCAUAACUUACACCAUCAUCGUCAUCAUUACCAUCACCAUCGUAUAUUAUGAACAUUCUCAGCGUUUAAUUAACAUAGAUAGAUUGCAUCAUAAUUUAAUUCAGUUCACGAAUUCACAUCUUUAAUGCAUGAAUUCACAUCUUUAAUGCACAUUAUUUUGUGUUAAUAUCAUUAUUAUUAUUAUGGACUUUGUUUUGGAUAAAUAGAGUUCCCAAAAAUCGGUUAUCUAUUAUAUGGAAGAAAAUACAGACAACACCAAUUAUUUCUCUAUAUAUAUAUACAUAUAUAUAUAUAUAUACAUAUAUAUAUAUAUAAUUUAUAUAGUAUAUAUAAGCACUUCUAAAUACUACAUCUUAAACAUUAUAAAAUAAAUAAAUAUAUAAAUAUAGUUAUAUAUGUAUAUAUAGGCAACUCUAUAAUUAAUUAAUUAUAAUUAAUUAUAUAAUAAAUAAAAUUAAUUAUAUAUAUAUAUAUACGUUUUGUGGAAAAUAUCAUUUCAUCAUCGUCGUCGUCGUCUCUAUCAUCAUCAUCCUCUUAAGCACUUAAAUAUAAAUAUUGAAGAAUGAAAAUAUAGCUUUGAAAA